AUGGACGUGUUCUCUGAACUCAACGCCCCUGCUGUGGCCAUGGCAUCCGCCUUAACGGUGGCUGCCGGUGCUUAUUUGAAUGCGAAGCUUGCCAUUGCCACUGAUCUGCGAACAAUAUAUAGCGAUAAGGCUGCUGUAAAGCGGUUAAACGAGCGCAUUGCUCAGCUCGAUGGCUCAACAACCAUCUACAAGAUACUCGAGCGGGCGGUGGAUGUUGGAGGACGAGGUGCCACCGAUGCGCUCUGGUUUGAGCAGAAGACAUGGUCAUACAGCCAAUUGAAAGACUUGGCCGACAGAAUGGCUGCUCUUUUGAAGAGUCGUGAUAUCAGCCCCGGUGAUACAGUGGGUGUCUUUACCACCAACUCACCGGAGAUGGUCGUGACUGUGUAUGCUUUGUCAAAAUUGGGUGCUGUGGCAGCAAUGAUAAAUACCAACCUACGAGUGACAGACGAUACCUUCAUCCAUUGCCUCAACGUCUCCGGUUCCAAAUUAAUCAUUUCAAGCGCAGAUCUGUCUCAACAUGUCUGCACUGACCUGCCACACCUCACACUCCACAUUGACUCAUUCCAAGGUGCCGAAACAGGAGCAACCGAGCUCAUCACAUCGGAAACUCUGCAGCAAUUCUCCCCAUCAGGACUUGCAGCAGCCAAGAGAAACCCAAAAGACCUCUGUAUCCUGAUUUACACAUCAGGAACAACUGGAAAGCCCAAGGCCUGCGCGAUCCGCAACAUGCUCACCCUGAUAACCUCCACCCCACUCUCAUCAGACGCCAAUAACCCCUCAAAAUACCACCCAUUCCGUGUAUACUCGCCCCUCCCCCUCUUCCACGGCACGGCCUUCUUCAUCGGUCUAUGCACCGCCAUCGGAAACGGAGGCACAUUAUGUCUAGGACGGAAAUUCUCUGCCUCACGUUUCUGGAAGGAGGUACACGACUCAGGCGCAACACGCAUUCUGUACAUCGGCGAGUUAUGCCGGUACCUUCUCGCGACGCCGCCAUCGCCCUAUGACCAAGACCACAAGUGCAUCGUGGCAAGCGGGAACGGACUACGUGGGGAGAUCUGGGAGAAGUUCCGUAAGCGCUUCAAUGUCCCUGAGAUCCGCGAGUUCUACCGCUCAACCGAGGGAAUUGCCAAAUUCGAUAACCACGGUGUUGGAGCUUGGGGUGUUGGUAAGGUCGGGUUUUCUGGGCCUAUACGUCGGUUCUUGGAAGAUGAUACUUUCAUAGUCAAGUAUGAUACCGAUACCGAGAUGCCAUACCGGGAUCCCGUUACUGGGUUCUGCGUGAUGGCUGCGCUUGGACAGGAGGGUGAGGCAAUUGGCCGUGUCCGGGACCGUGGGACGCUGAUUGAGUAUCUUGGUAAUAAGGGUGCGACGGAAGAGAAGCUUAUACAUGAUGUGUUCCAGACGGGGGAUUUAUUCCAGCGGACUGGUGAUCUUGUUGUUCAAGAUGAAUCUGGGUGGGUGAAAUUCCAAGAUCGGGUUGGUGACACUUUCCGCUGGAAGGGUGAGAACGUUAGUGCGGGAGAGAUUCGGGACCAUAUUUGUCGGAUUGAGGGCGUGCAUGAUGCUGUGGUAUAUGGUGUGAAGCUGGACGGAUAUGAUGGUCAAGCUGGAGCCGCUGGUAUCACGCUGGAAUCACCAGCAGCCGAGGCAGAAUUGAUCUCAACCUUGUACAAGGAGCUCAAGAAGAAGGGUGUUCCUUCAUAUGCUCUGCCUCGAUUGGUCCGACUCACCGAGAAGGUUGCCACAGGUGUCACUUUCAAGCAGGCUAAAGGGGAUUUAGCGAAGAAGGGUUGGAAUCCUCGCCAGGACGGUGGUGGUGACAUUCUGUACUGGUUGGACGGCACAAAGUAUCAGAAGUUGGAAGAGAAAAGUUGGGCAGAGAUUGAGAGUGCUAAUAUGAUGCAUAAGCCCCCCGCGAACGCCGACCCCCACACCGAGGAUGAGCCCCCGCCCCCGCCUGCCAACUGGCCCACCACCGUUGAGCGUCUGGUCGAGCGGUGGGGUUGGGUCCAUACCAUUGCUCUCCUCGCUGUCGUCCUCGUCUUCUCUUUGGUCUGGCGGCUGUCGCAUGGCCAGAUUAAUCUCUGGCAGUAUCGCCAACAACGCGCCGCUGAUUCUGAGGCCGGGAUUGAACUUCAGGAUGCUGAGCCUGCUCGCCCUCCUGGUGCCCGUGACCGUCCCCGUGGCCGUGGCCGUGGCCGUCGCCCUCUCGCCAACCCCGCUGUGGUUUCUGGCCCAGCUAGCAAUACCCGGGGCAAGGCCAGGGCCAGGGCUAGGGCGGCCGCUGCCGCCGCUGCCGCCGCUCUCGCCGCCCAGACCUAG